AUGUCUAACCUUAAAAGGUCCAUAUAUGCACUUUCAGCCAAGUCUCCGUACGAAAAAUCUCUUUUAAAGGCUACUUAUGAUGGAGACUAUGACCCGCCAAAAGAAAAACACGUCCAGGCCAUAAUAUGAGCGCUGCAAGGACAAAACCCACAGACACCGCCUGAUUCUGCUUUUAUGCUAUUGUCCCAACGUUUAAUGAUCCAAAAAUGGGCAGCAGUGCUUAAAGCUCUUAUUAUCCUGCACCGAGCAAUAGACCAAGUAGGUCCUGGAUACUCAGGGAAACUUGCUGAGCUGAAUAUGCCGAUGCAGAGUUUUAAUGAUCCCAGCGAAAGAGGGAGUGCUCAUAAUCAAGUAAUUCAAGAUUAUUAUGCAUAUUUUUUCGCUUAAUUAAGCUUAAAAAUGGGUAUAUUUUAUAUAAAAAAUAGAAAAAACUGACAUAAAAAACCUAUUAAAUAUGGAAUAUUCAUAAGAUCCAAAGCUAUCAACCAUUCUCGUAAAGGCUCUAUAUUAAUGUCUCAUCCAGCUGACCGCACCAAAAUAAUAGACAGGCUUGACAGCUCAGAAUUGGUCAGAGAAAUCGGAUACCUCCUUAACGAACUUCAAAGCUUAGUCAAAUCUGGGCCAAGCUUUCAGCAGGCCAUAAGAAAUUAUCAUCUCAAAGUUACCCAAAACGCAGCCUUUCUUGUCCUCCAAGACGCGAACCCUCUCUACAGGACUUUACUAAUCGCCACAGACCGAAUGAUAGAAAAGUUUUCUACAUUUGGCGGAAAAGCAGCUGCUGCUGGUUUAGAGCACUAUAAAAGGUUCGAAAACUGCCAACGGAUGUUGGGGCAAUUUUAUGAACUUUCUCAUAGUUUACCGUUUACUGGGCUUACGAGUCCUGCUUUUGUGAAUCGGCCUAGAGAAAUUUUUGAUUCUAUGAAAAGGCAUGCAGAAGAACAUUAUGGGGAUGUAGAUACCCCGAGUGAAGGAAAUAGUGAAAGGUCAACAGAAUUGUCCUAUUCACCCAAAGAGCUGGAAGAGCAAAGGAGGGCGUUAGAGGAGUAUGAAAGAUUGAAUCAGAAAAGAAAUGAGGAAAGAAAUAGGGUAAGUGAGCAACAGCAGAAGGUCACGCAGCAGGAGAGCGGAAAAGGAAUUGAGGAGGAUUUAUUUAUGGAUGGGUUUAGACCUCCAGAAAAAAAGAAUAAUCAAGGGAUGUAUCCGGAGAUUACUUACUUACUUACUUAAUUAUCUGGUGUUUAAGGUGUCUAGUGCCGCAGCCCAAAAGAGCCUAUGGCAAAACUGAUGACGUAGGCGAGCCAUCUUGGCACGGGUCAGCCCCGUCCAAGCCUUCUAUCAACUCCUGCUUCACCGGCCUUGCUGCACGUCUCACCCGGCGCGUUGCCGUCGCCCUUGUCGCUCGACUCAGCUCCUGCGCGUGUUCCGCCUAAGGGUCAUCCUCCCGUGGGGAUGUGCUGAGAGGUAAAAGCCCGAGAUCUUGAGUGGACUGAGGAGUGGUUCCUUUGGUUAUCCCCAAAGUUAAACCGCUGUUGCUGUCCAGAAAGUUCGCGAGUGAAAACCUAACCCUAAUAAUAAAAUUUCCAUGAGGGAGAGAAAAUUAGCAAAGCUAAUUUCUCUCGAACCGAAUGCCAUUUUAUUAUUGUAUCCGGAGAUUACAAAGGUGGAUUUAGUGAUGUCGAGCUUUGGACAGCCACAGGGAUCAGCAGGGAUGCAAGGAAUGCCUGGAAUGAUGCCAGGGAUGCAGGGGAUGCCGGGACAGAUGCCGGGACAAAUGCCUGGACAAAUGCCUGGACAAAUGCCAGGACAAAUGCCAGGACAAAUGCCAGGACAAAUGCCAGGACAAAUGCCAGGACAAAUGCCAGGACAAAUGCCUGGACAAAUGCAAGAUAUGAGCCAAAUGAUGAACCCUAUGAUGAACCCUAUGAUGAAUCCUAUGAUGAACCCUAUGAUGAACCAAAUGAUGUUUACAGGCAUGAUGAACCCCAUGAUGAAUCCUAUGAUGAACCCUAUGAUGAACCCUAUGAUGAACCCCAUGAUGAAUCCUAUGAUGAAUCCAGGCAUGCAACAGUCCUCUGAUCCAUUUGCUCAAAUUCAGCCCACUUCUGUUCCUGAGACAAGAAAUAACCCUUUUAAUCGUCCACAACAAUUUUCAAACAUCAGCAACCCCCCUUACAACAAUUCUUUUCAGCAGCCUCAACAACCUCAGCAGCCUAGAUCUGCAAAUCCUUUUGAAAAUCCUUCAAGCUCUUAUAACCCUUCAUUUCCUACGAAUCCUACAUUCCCUGUCCAAUCUUCUAAUCCAUUUGAACCAAAUCAAGCUAAGUCAGCUUCAUUUGGUACGAGACCAGUCCAAUCUUCUAGAGACCCAUUUGGCGAUUUACUCUAA